AUCAACUCUACAUAAAGACGACGACCGCGUCCGGGUCGUCGCGAAAACGCCUGUCCUCGAAUCUGAACUCCGUCGUUGUCGUCGUCGUCUUCUUCUUCUUCUUCGCUUCGCCUCCGCGUUAGGGUUUAACAGCAAGAAUCUCUGAUCUCCCAAACUUCCUUUGCUUCGUCCCGACGGCAAAAUCCAUGGAGACCUUCACCGUCCCUUUCGCGGUGGACCUCUCUAAGAAGCGCAAGAUCGAAGACAACAACAACGGGUUCGCGCCGCCGACGGAGCAAUCGGACGCCGUCCCCGCGCUCGCCCCCCUCGAGGCUCGCAAGAUGAUCGAGCCCUUCACCAGGGAGCAGCUCCUCGACGUCCUCCAGGAAGCCGUCAUCAACCACCCCGAUGUGCUCUACGCGGCCCGCGCCGUGGCGGACGGCGACGCCACGCAGCGGAAGCUAUUCGUGCGUGGCCUCGGAUGGGAGACCACCACCGAGGGGCUCCGCUCGCUCUUCUCUGUGUACGGAGAGAUCGAGGAGGCUGUCGUGGUCCUCGACAAGGCCACGGGUAAGAGCAAGGGUUAUGGGUUCGUCACGUUUAAGCACGUGGACGGCGCGCUCCGUGCUCUACGGGAGCCAAGCAAGAAGAUUGAUGGCCGAGUGGCAGUUACCCAGCUCGCUGCCGCCGGUAAUACCGGGUCGAAUGCGAAUCCCGUGGAUGUUUCCAAUAGGAAGAUUUAUGUAGGUAAUGUGCCGAUUGAUAUGCCCUCGGAUAAGCUUUUGUCUCAUUUUUCUGCGUAUGGUGAGAUUGAGGAGGGCCCACUGGGGUUUGAUAAGCUGACUGGGAAGUCGAGGGGUUUCGCUCUGUUUGUAUAUAAGACGAUGGAUGGAGCACAGGCUGCGUUGGUGGAACCGGCGAAAAUGAUUGAUGGGAGACAGGUAAACUGUAAAUUGGCGAUCGAUGGGAAGAAGAAACCUGGAGCGGGGCCUAUGGGAGGUCCUGGUGCACCUGGUGGGCAUGGCGAUCGCCCAGUUGAUGGAAUGGGAAUGGGUGGUGUACCUUCCUUCGCGGGGUCUGUUCCGGGGCAGUAUGGUCCGAGUUCGGUUGGAGGUUACGGUGGGUUUUCGGGUCAACCAUCGGUGGGUCUGAUGAAUUCGGCUUCAAUGGGUGGCCCCAGUGCGACUUCUAUGACCAAUCAGGCUCCUUCAUCCCUGGGCGGUGUUGGUGGUUUUGGUACUGGACUAGGUGGUCCAUAUGGUGGUUAUGGCGGGCAUGGGUCUGCCGGCUAUGGAGGGAUGGGUGGUGCUCUUGGCGGACAUGGUUCUGCUGGGGGUUUUGGUGGCGUUGGCGGCGGUUUGGGUGGUGCUGCCGGUGGACUAGGUGGUGUGGCUUCAGGUUUUGGAGGUGCUGCCACUGGAUCAUCUCUGUAUCGGCCUUCAGGUGGGUAUCCUGAAGGGGGGAACUAUGGCUUGUCAUCAUCAUCUGCUUACCCAAGUCAGACUCAGCAGCCAACAGGGACCUCUCCUGUGCCAAGGGUUCCCCAAGGAGGAAUGUAUCCCAGUGUGCCUCCUUAUUAUUGAGCUAUACAAAUUACAACGGGUUGCUGCUGUGGCAGACAUUUGCUUCUGCAAGUCUCUUGCUAGCAUCAUCAUGAUUAGUGCCUUUCUUUUGGUCGGGAACUGUGAAACACAUUUCAUCCAACUUUUUUUAUAAAAUGCUGUUGCUUUUGGAAGUCAUUCUGCAAGUCUGUGAUGUCAUGCAGCUAGUCUGCUAUGCAUGGCUUUUGUUUCAAAGAAACUUGUUUCUGUGUUGAGUGUAGUUGCCUGUCGUUAUGGGUGAAUGCUAUAUUCUCUAGUUUCUUACUUGGGUGUGGGCAAUCCUGUUCUUCUUUAUUCUCCCCUGCUUGUCCUAAUGCGAGUUGUCGUUGGUGGUUGGGAUUUCAAACUUGUAUCUUGGUGAUGGCGUGGUUCUGGAAUACAAUUUUGCCUACAAGUCAAUAUCUGUUCCUCAAUUGUUUCAAGAUGUUAUUUUUAUGUUGUGUAUGAUGCUUCAGCUUGCUAGUUUAGCCUGUCAUAUGGGUUUAGUCUUGUGCGCUGUUGUUGCAAGUGUAACAUUCUCUGGGUACAAGUUUGUUGUCCUAAUUAUUAAGUCUUUAGUUUUUGCUGGUGCAAUAUUUAAUACACCCAGGGACUAAGCUGAAGUUUGUGGUCUUUAUCUCUUUUAUCUUGAAGUUGAGCUUGACUUACUGGCAUCUGCUUCUUCAUAUGGUAUUUCAAAGGUGCUAAAAAUGGGAUAUUUAGGACGCUGGGGAGAGUGAAAUAAGCUUUAGGAUGCACACUCUAGUACCAUUGUCUGACUAGAGUAUUUGUUAUGCAAUGAUCAUCUCCUAAUUGAAUGAGAAUGAUAAAGGUGAUCGAAAGUGCUUGGACAAUUUAUCCAUCGUGGUCUUUAAGAUGCUUUUGUGCCUUUGGUGUCACUUUGGAUGAACUUAUUUUGUUUGAUAAAAGGAGGUAAAAUAUCCCACUCAAAUGUCAGAGGGUGCUUAUCACUGGUGGGAGCUUAUCGAAGUUGUUAUGUUGAUCAUUUUGUAGGAUAAGAUGGUAUUUGGCUGACUUUUCACUAGAUGUAGUGGUUGAUUCGUGAAAGUUGGAUGGGUAUUAUGGGGAUAAAUUUUUAGGUGUUUUUGGACCAAAAACUUUUAAUCAAAGUAAUAUGCGUGCACAAUGUUAGGGACUUUCUAAUUUUGUUUUGGGUUGAUGCAUGGUUGUUGACUUGGGUGGAGGGAAUGGUGUGCUCCCGGAGUGCCCAGAAACUUCUCGCAUAAUUUGGCCACAUUGCUUUGAUAGUUUGAAUCAUCAUCUCAUUGAUAUUGCAGAGGUGGUAUUUAAUUAUAUACGCAUUGAUGUCUACAAUACUAAGUGAGAUGACCCUAAUGGUCUUUGAAACUCGGUUGUCAAGUCCCACCUUUCAAGAACUCUUCAGCCAGAGGCAUUCCAAAUUAGCAUACUCGACGAUCUACAAUUGACAAUUUGACAUGGUGAUGAUUUGUUAUGCCAAUUGCUGUUUAAAUGUUGGUAAUUCAUGUCCAUUCGAUGUCCGUACGUGAUCGAUAGAUGGUAGUGACUGUCUUGUGAAGCUUUAACUUAAUUGUUCUUUCUAUAUUAAAAUAUGGUGUUAUGAAUUGGUGUGGCUAAGCUUAAAAUGGAAUUGGAGAAAUUGGAAGUGGCUUAGUAAGUCAUCUUAAUCAUUUAAUGCUUUUGCCUCUCCUUGUUCUUUUCCAUUUUUCCUCGUCCUUGUUCAUGGGGCAUGAGACAUGACCCCUUGCGAGUAAGGUCGAGGCCAGGGAAGUUCUGAUAGAAGAGUUUCCGCCACCAGAGUUGGAUGAAUUUCAGGCGAUGCGGUUGUUGGAAAAUGUCAUUCUUUUGUACGGGGGCGAGUUGGAUGACUCCUGAAAAUUAGGACAUAAGCUUGCUAAGUUAGGAAAUUUUGUAUUUGUAGCACUCGUCAGGGCACUCGGGAUGUAUCUCAUGCGAUGCUAGACAAAUCAUCAAUUGUCGUUUGCUCAAAAAGAAUUUUGGAAAGUGAGUUUCAGCUACUGAAAUCCUGAGACCAGUAAUUUUUUCAAUAUAAAAGUAAAGAGAAAUUACACAAAA